AUGGCGGUUUCCCGAGGCACCGUGCCAUUUCUCGUGGCCAUGAUGCUCCUGACUGGCGUUUGCAAUACGCUGGUCACCAAAUACCAGGACAAGCAAUGCGUUCGCAACUGCGAUGACGAGGAUCCCGGCCACCGCAUGUAUUUCAACCAACCCGUUAUCCAGACUGCACAGAUGUUCGUCGGCGAGAUGGGCUGCUGGCUGGUAGUUGCUCUCACGGCAGCGUAUCGCCGCUUCGCAUCCAAGCGAUCUCCCGCCGCGAAUGGCUACCAGGCCAUCGGCUCCAGCCAGCCCAAUGGCGCUGACGACGAGGCCCCUGAAGACGACCAGCCAUCCGUGCUGCGCGGCUAUCGAAUCUUGCUGCUGGCCCUGCCUGCCAUCUGCGACAUCUGCGGCACUACCCUGAUGAACAUUGGUCUGCUUCUUGUUGCGGCGUCCAUCUACCAGAUGACCCGAGGCGCGCUAGUUCUCUUCGUGGGUCUGUUUAGCGUCGUAUUCCUGCGGAGGACGCUGCAUCUCUUCCAGUGGAUCUCCUUAGUGGGUGUGGUCCUGGGCGUGGCCGUUGUUGGACUUGCAGGUGCUAUCUGGCCGGACGUCAAGGCAAACAUCAUCUCUAGAGGCCUGUCUGUCAUCACGGAUUCUCCCGAUGGACUAUCCGAUGUUUCCAAGGCCGUCAUUGGCGUUACGCUGAUUGCGGGAGCCCAAAUCUUCACUGCCACCCAAUUUGUCCUGGAGGAGUAUUUACUCGAACGCUCUCCCAUUGAUCCCCUCAGGGUUGUUGGCUGGGAGGGCAUCUUUGGCUUCGUCGUCACGGUCGUAGUUAUGCUUGUACUGCACUUGGCCAUUGGUCGGACUGAGGCUGGUCGCUAUGGCUAUUUUGAUGCCGCUGAGGGACUCCGUCAAAUGUACAAUGACAGGGCAUUGCUCAUCUCCAGUGUCAUUAUCAUGAUUAGCAUUGGUGGCUUCAACUUUUUCGGAUUGUCCGUCACUCGCACUGUCAGCGCGACCUCCCGGUCUACCAUUGACACUUGCAGGACACUCUUUAUCUGGGUGGUGUCUCUUGGUCUGAGAUGGGAAUCAUUCAAGUGGCUACAAAUUGUUGGAUUUGCGCUAUUGGUAUACUCGACAUUUUUGUUCAACGGCAUCGUCCAGCCACCUCUUGAGUUUUUGCGUGUUGAUGGAGAGACCGAGGAACUUCUCCCCGAGGAGCCAAUCGAACACCAGUAA